UCUCUCUCUCUCUCUGAACACAGAAAAUUCCAUUCUGGUUCCGUACAAUUUCCUCUGAUAUUUAUUCAAGUCUUUCUUUUGCCCUUUUUAUCUUUAUCUUUUUUCUAUCUGGGGGUCCAUAUUUUGAAUUGGGUUUUCUGAUUUUCGUUGUUCUUGUUAUUGGGUUUUCGAAGUGUCUGAGAGAGGUUUCUUUUUGAAGGACGAAGGAAAGCUUUAAUAUUACAGUCAUGGUGAAGUCUGUGGAUAAGAAGGGUAAUAAUAAUGAUGGGUCUGAGUCUUUGGGAUCGGUAGCGCCAUUUCUGAGGAAAUGCUAUGAGAUGGUGGAUGAUGAAGCUACCAACUCUAUAAUCUCUUGGAAUGAAACCAAUGAUUGUUUUGUCAUUUGGGAUAUGACCCAAUUCUCUGUUCAAUUGCUUCCGAAGUAUUUCAAGCACAGCAACUUCUCUAGCUUCAUGAGGCAACUCAAUAUAUAUGGCUUUAGAAAAGUUGAUACAGACCGGUGGGUAUUUGCAAAUGAUGGAUUUAUCCGAGGCAAGAAGUACUUGUUAAAGAAUAUUGUGAGAAGAAAACAUCCUCAGAGCUUAGAUCAGCGAAAGACAUCACAGCCAAAAGAAACCCCUGAUGAACAGUGCGAAAAAAUUGAAGAUGGUCUAUGGAAGGAGGUUGAGAACCUGAAGAUUGAUAAAAAUGCACUCAUGCAGGAGCUUGUCAAACUUAGGCAACACCAGGAAACUGCAGAUAAUAAGUUGCUUCUCUUGCGAGAUCGCAUUCAAGGAAUGGAAAAAAAUCAGCAGCAGCUGCUAUCGUUUUUAGUGAUGGCCAUGCAAAGCCCUGGCUUUUUAGUUCAGCUGCUUCACCCGAAAGAAAAUAACUGGCGCUUGGCUGAAGCAGAUAAUAUGCUGGAACAGGAUGAUAAAUCUGUGUCUUCUGAUGCUAUGAUAGUAAGAUACCAGCCACCUGUGGAUGAAACUUCACAGCCUGUAUGCACACCAACAUCAGGGGCAGAUACAACACCAGAAUCGGAUCCCUUUCCAGAUGGGAUUCAAGACUUUUUCAUGAAUUCUGAUUUCAUGAAAAUUCUUAUGGAUGAGAAAUUAUGUUCAUUAGAAAGCCACGCCCCAUUUAUUUUACCCGAUUUGAGUGAUGAUUGUUCAUGGGAGCAGCUUCUUUUAGCUAGUCCAUCCUUGGAAAAUUCUGAAUUCACGAAGCAUGAAGGCAAAGAGCAUGUUGACUCCGAAAUGGAGGUGGAGUUAACAGGCCCUGGAAUUGCAUUGGAAAACUUCCAAAGUUUUGAUUCUUUAAUUAAAGAAAUGGAAAAAUCUCAAAACUUGGAACUUCAAACCGAAAAAAUUGAUCUUUUGUCUUCUAACAACAAAUGUGGUACGCCAACAGAAGCAUAGUCACCUCCAAUUCUAAGGAUCAUGGAGGAUCUUCCAACACCUUCUGUAUUUUCGUACUACGUAAACAUAUCAGCUUUCAAACCAUUUUUCUUCCGCAAGUCGAUGUCACCUAUUCAAAUGGGAGUUGGUUAGCUUGAUUUAUCCCUUACACAUUCAUGGAAGAAUUAUCAUCAUACUUUAUACCUCUACACCUAGAGGCUAUUAGAAGUUGUUUGCAUGCUGCUAGUCCAUUUUCUCUCCUUGAUUCUUACCCUGAUUAUUGACAGAUUUUUGGCAUGUUGAUAUAUAUGCAGCCACUGGGAAGAAUGGCUAUUUCACACUGUCAUUAUAGCUACUUAAAAAGGUAUAGUGCUGAAACACUUUUGUUCAAGUCGUGUGGCUAUUUCUUAGUCAUUAUAGCUACUUAAAAAGGCACAGUGCUGAAACACUUUUGUUCAAGUCGUGCCCUUCUCCUUCCACAACUUGAGAUAAGCUUUUCCUAUGUUAUAUUUCUUCCGGUAAUUUUCAUGGAAGAGUAACGCUGUAAUAAGCUCACUUGAUAUGAAAAUUUUCUACGUCCUCUCUC